AACACCGGAAGCCGGGUUUCCCUUUCCUGGCUGCUAAUGUGGGCAAGAUGGCGACAUCCAUGACGAGGACGUUUGGGGCUCUUCGCAGCGUUACAUACAGCAGCUUAAAGAAUGCGGAGUUCCCUCGGGAUGUUCGGCAUCCUGGCCCACUUUUCUUGCCGGUCCGGACCAAGAAGAGGUACUUUAUUCCUCCUGCUGUGGGCUUGAAGGGGAAGAAGGAAGAAAACCCAGAGAUCAAGGCUCGCGCGGCAGGCAUAGUCUUCCGACAGCAGUACCUUGAGAGACCCAUUAACAUCGCCUGCUCAGCGGGAGUCUUUGACCCAUACAUCCCCCCGGAAGGAGACGCGCGUGUUUCGGCGCUGUCUAAGGAGGGCCUGAAACAGCGAACAGAGCAGAUACGACAGAGCGCCGCCUCGCAGCUCGCGAUUCGUAAAAUCAAAGAGCACGAUUCACAGUUCAGCACCAAGACGUUUGCGGAGCAAGCCCAAGAGAUCUUCAUAGAGGCCCACAACGCCCUCAUACACUUCAACAGAGAGAGGCUUCAUUCUCUGGUUACAGAAAGGUGUUACCCCGAGAUGACCAGAGGCAACCGUUACAAAACCAUCCGGUGGAAGUUCAUGGAGUCGCUGGAGGCCCCCAGAGUGGUGCACGCCCGCUGCCCCGACAUGGUCACCAAAGGCAACCUGUACGGGCAGGUGACAGUUCGCAUGCACUCCAAGCAGACUUUGGCCAUCUAUGACCGCUUCGGGAGGCUGAUGCUGGGCAGUGAGGAACAGCCAAAGGACGUGCUGGAGUACCUGGUCAUAGAGCGGCACCUCAUCAACCCCUACAGUAGAUGGAGGCUACAUGGGAAAAUCGUGCCCUCCUGGGCUCCUCCCAAAGACCCAGUUAUUAUGACGGUUGCCAUCCCUGGUCCAGAGCUGAAGCCAUGGGAAGAAUUUGAUGCCCUCAACUAUGAAGUUCCCAAACCAGCAGCAGUACAGUGGAAUAAGUAGGUCAGCAGGGGGCGCUGGUCUUUACAUUAAACUGAGGACAUUAAGGAGGACAUGUUAAUUACUCAUAUUCAAUAUUUGGAUAAGGUUAUAGAGCUUGAGCAGGAAACCAGGCUCCAUUUUUGUUCCUGCUUUCUUCUGUCAAAGAAGAUCUCUAAGAUGUUGCAUCAUCUGAUGGACCAGAUGAGUUUUGGUUCAGACAAGCUGCCGUGAUCUGAAGUCGUCUUAUCAACGUCAAAGAUCUUGUCAUCGUCACGGCUUCUUUUCACACAUUUAUUUGUCAUUCUUGUGAGAAUAAAGUUAUAUGUAUAUGCAAGAAAUAAAAAUGCACAGAUGUCUAGAAUGGAGUGGUUUAUUUCUGCACUGAAUAUACAAGAUGCUGACUUCUGCAAUGGACAAUAAAUAUUGCUAAUAUUGA